AUGCAUUCCAGGUCUCUUACACCCGCCCUUUCCCUAUCGCCAGAGCCUGCCCACCACCACCACCACCACGCGCCACCACCGUCACGUCGGUCAGCCACUACAACCACCACCGCCAACGUCCAAGUCCCUUGGGUCGACCCCGCCAGACUCCCAAACUGUGGCGACACCUCAUCAAUAGCCGGGAACGCGCCAGACUACAUCAAACAGCUCAUCUACAACACCUACAUCGGGUACGGCGUGGGCGAUGAGGAUUGCUUCGGUUCAAAGGUCGGCAGAUCGGUCAAAUUCGUCGAGGUCAACAUCAAGAGGAAGCAUGAUCGAAAGAGUCGCCUCGAAGCCACCACAGUUGCUGAAAUCGAGGUUACAAAACAUAUGCUAAAUGGCGCAGGUAUGCUUCAUGGCGGCUGCCUCGCGUACAUCGUGGACAAUACACCACUGGUUGUGCUGGGUCUCGUACAAAAGAGCAAUGGUGUUGGCGUAACGCAGUCUAUGAACGUCUUGUUCCAUUCACCCGCACCUCUGGGCACCAUCCUCAAAAUCAUCAGUACAUCAGUCUCAUUAGGCGGGCGAGUCAUGUCUUCUAGAUGCGAGGCAAGUCCACCCCAACCAACUUUCCAUCUUCCUCCCUCUCGCAUUCCAAUCACUCAUCUGCGCCUCGUUUCUAGGUUAUCGAUAAAGAUUCGGGAAGAAUCAUAG